CGCGUACUAUGACAGGGGCACAACUUAGAUGACGGACUUAAGUAUACAGAUGAGGAUUUAUUAAACAGCAUUUUGAAUUUUUCCUGACUAUGAUUCUUGAUGACUUGAAUAUGUCAUAAAUAUUUAUUAAACAGCGAAUGUAUAUGUAUAUAUGAUAGCAUAGCGAUAUGAAUUGAAAUUGGAUUUCAUUAGAGGUCAUUAAAUCCAAGUAAAGUACAUUUAACGUGUAUGUUGAUGUUAGUAGCUUUAUAAUGUACGUUGUUGUAAUGGUUGUUGAAUGCAAAUCAAUAAGACAAGGCCAUGAAUUUAGCUUGAACAAUGUUUGCUUUCUUCGCUGACCUCUCAGUCCUUGUUUGAUGAUCCUGACUCUAGGAGCUUACACAUAUUGUUCUCUCAGCGGUUGAAACUAAUGUUAUGUUAAUUACUACUUUACCUUUGUACACAAUUCAGUCCCUACAAUACAUUGCCCCUGGCGUUAAUUACCCAUCCACUUGAGGCGUACUACUAGUAUAGAAACGUGUUAUGUUAACCAUUGAACUUUGUCGAAUUCAUCGCGGAUAUUAUUACAAAUUUUAACACCAUUAUUUUCAUUUUAUAGCUGGUCUCUUUUACUGUUAAAUAUUUGUACAGAAUAGAAAAUCUAAACAUUAAUCAUUUUAUGUUCUAUAAAUUUCGCAAUGAACAACAGAAAGACCGAUACCACAAUAUUCGUUCUGGUGUUGGAACUGAUUCUUUAAACUCUUUGAUGGUAGAUUUCAGAUCCUAGAUAACUGCAUGCACGUUUGACUCUGAAAGUGGUGUUUACUGUUGUUGUUUUUUCGAUUCUCGGACUAGAGCCUGACCUGGGAUGGAUAUUUCAGCAUUACAAUAAGUAGCCAGGUAUUUGUCUGUCACUUGACAGCUCACCGUGAAAUGGAUCGAAGUUUCUAUGAUCUGUCAACAUACACACCGUUGCUAGCUUCAUUUCAGGAAUUAUUGAUAAUCAUUAUAACUCAACCGGGUACAUUUCCAACUACAUUUAAUAUUGGCAAUUUAGCUCCUUGUUAUUUAUAAUGACUACUGUAUGAACCGUUCAUUUCGUGUGAUUAAGUUACUCGUAUGGUUUAAAUUGUGUUUUAUUGUUUACAUUUGCACAUAAACUUCCAAUACCUAUUAAAUGUAUGCUCAGAAAAGGAGAUCAAUUGUUUGUAGUGUUUUAAUGACUUACAAAUACAAGUAGUUCAAAAUUAAUUUUGUGACUAAACUAUACAGAUAGCAACGCUUUCAGCCUGAUAUUCCAUACAAUAAAGAUGAUACAGGAUAUUUGAAAUACCGUACAUUCGUACGUCCGGUAUUAGUGCAAUACCUUUCGUGAUCUUGGAGCUAAUUAAGGGCAAAGAAGUAUACCUCUGUGUUAUGAUUACGGACUAAAUAACAGUAGAUUCAUUGAUCUUGUGUUUAUGAUCUUUGUGAAUAAUGAAGAUGUGUUGAUGUGCUGGCCCGUGCGGCCAGAUGACUGACGUCGGUGACACAGCCUCCCCGAACAAGCUGGAUGUAUCCGAGCCCCAGAAGCGUACGGAGCUGUCGGGGCCGCAGCUGCAGAACGCCCUCUGGCGAGCGGUUGUUACGGGGAGGCCCCGUGAACUGCUCAAAUUCUUCCAGGAACAAAAGGGCCACCCUCGCUUACCAGAAAUCAUCAACGUUACGGAGGACGAUUACGACGAGGAUGGAGGUAACGUGCUCAUCUACUGUGUCCGGGAGGGCCGGGACAAGGGGUCUGUGUUCGGGGGGAAGGACUAUGGCCAGUGUAUAUCCACGCUCGUGGAACACGGGGUUGACAUUGACUUCAAGGAUAAGGGCGGCAAGACGGCUCUGUCAUGGGCGGUAACGCUCAAGUACACGAACUACGUGGGGCGGCUGCUGAAGUUGGGGGCGGACAUAGCCCUUGUGGACCAGGACGGCCUGUCGCCCUUUCACAUUGCCGUCCAUAAAGGUCUCAAAGAAAUCGCCAGUGCCAUGCUAGAUAAAGAUCCAGAGAUUGCCGAUGUGAAGAACGGUCAAGGUGUGCCCCCUCUAGUCAUUGCUGUAAAGCAGGGGCAUCAAGAAAUGUGUCGACUACUGCUGCAGUACGGGGCAGAUGUGAAUGCCGCGGAGGACAAGAACAAGCGAACACCAGUUUACCAUGCCAUACGCAACAAGCGACUUGAUGUCCUUGAUAUUCUACUCAAAUACAAGCCUAACUUAACAACUCUUGAUUGUGAGGGUCGAUCUAUACUCUACCUCCUGUGUGAGACGUCGGACGUGCGCUACUUUCACAAGGUGAUAAGCCAGUGCCCACACUUUCCACCAGAGAUUAUGGAGAAGACGGACGAUGAUGGUCAGACACCACUGAUAGUGGCGUGUAAGAACGGGAAUGCUGAGCAGGUCAAACAUCUGCUGGAGGAAGGGACAUCGGUGUGCACAAAGGACCACUCCGGGAAGACUGCCCUGCACCACUGUGCAGACAACCUGGAGACGCAGUGUGCCGAGAUGCUUCUAGAUAAGGACCCCUCCGUGCUUGAGGAAAAGGAUGAACAGGGGUACACUGUGCUCACCCUUGCAGUGCUCGUAGGGAAUGAUAAGCUGAUGACACUGCUGCUGGACAGAAAGGCUAAUCUUCAAGUGACAGACAACGAGGGGCACCUGCUUACUCACUGGGCAGCAGUCUGUGGUCAGUUGAAGGUUCUGGACAUCCUAGUGCAGCAUGGCGCGGAUCUAUCCUCUGCGGAUCACCAUCAUGCCUACCCAAUUCACUAUGCGGCACAGAUGAACCCCAGCAACUCGGGAAACUCUGAUUCUCGGAUAUCAGAGAAAGUACUCAAGAAGCUGAUUGCCUGUAAGGUGGCUCUGGAUGUCGUGGAUGAUGCGGAAAGGCAACCCUUGCUAUGGGCUGCCUGCUCAGGAAAUGCUGAGUCUUGCAAGCUUCUUCUGAAGGCUGGUGCUGAUAUAAACUCCCGGGACAGAGACCAACUUACAGCCCUUCACUGUGCAGCCAGCCGUGGACACCACCAGUGUAUUGAGGUCCUGCGUAAGGCAGGUGCGGAUGUUAAUCUGGAGGAUAGCAACAAGUGCACGCCCCUGUUCUAUGCCAUCACUCUCGGCAACCUGCAGUGUACCAAGGCCCUCAUCGCAGCCAAGGCGGAUGUCAACCACAUUGAUGAGAGAGGCAGGAACCCUGUCCACUGUGCUGCCAUCAAGGGUUGUGCAGACACAGUGAAACUACUGGAGAAGGAGAAGUCUGACCUCUGGCACCAGAACAAGAAGGGAGACUACCCUGUACAUGAGGCUGCUCUCAAAGGACACAUUGAGGUGGUCAAGUUCUUGUUGCGACAGAAGAAUGAUAAAGAUGCAGUGAAUGUUACAAACAAUCUAGGCAAAACGUUGUUACACAUCGCUGCCGCCACCAACAAUCUCCCGCUCUGCAAGCUUCUCAUUAACCAGGACUGUGACAAGAACGCACUCAUGAAGCACGCUGUGAAAGGAUCAGGAGGCAAGGAGUUCACACCUUAUGACAUUGCUGUGAUCAAAGAAUACAAAGAGGCUGCUGAGUACCUGCGAUCAAAGGGCGCUCUUCCGUAUGCCGAUCUCUCAAAUGUGGAAAAACGACAGUCAAAGUCUGCACGGUCCCGCAAACAGUCGAAAGUUGAGCCUGUGAUUGAGGAAGAAAAGGUAGAGGAGAAAAACAACAAGAAGAGUCCAAGUAAAACUCCAGUAAAAAAAACACCAGCAAAGAAGGAAAAGAAAAAGGUUAAAGGAGAUAACAAAAGUAAGAAGGAAAAAAGUGAUGAAAAGAAAGAUUCUGAUGUUGUUGUAAGUAGAGAGGAAGAUAAGGAAAAUAUUGGUAAAGAAAUAACAGAACUUGUUGUAGUAGAUCAAAACGAGGGAGGUGACAAAGUAGAAGAGAAACCUAGAAAAAAAAGUGCAUCUCCUGAGAGAAAAAGAGAGAAAAGUGCAUCACCAGACAGAAAGAGAAGUGCCUCAGUUAGGAGGGACAGAAGUAGAAGUGGGUCUAGGGGAAGGAGUCCUGCCAAGUCACCAGCUGAUAUAAACAGGGAUGAUGAAAGGACUAAAGCUAGAGUGCUUCCUAAAAAACCAAAUGCUGACUCCGUGUUGGACAGGGAAGAUGGCAUAAGGACAUCCCGUGUGUCAUUAAGGUCUGAGGAUUCACCAAUCAGAGAUGCGGACACAGAGGAGUGGGAUUCUGUGACUUCUCCUAUUAGAAUGGGGGGUUCGGCUUCCAAACAGAGGAAGUCAGAUGAGGGGAAAUACAUCUCCUUGGACAGAAUAGAUCCGAAAUCAGAGGAGAUCAUUCCAACUGGAAGUGAAACACUGCCAAGAACAUCCACACGGGAGGGACAACGGGAUGGUAGGAGGAGUAAGGUUGGAUUUAGUCAUAAGGAGUAUGAAGAUAGUGGUAAUGAGACUGAUCAUUCAAGGUCAAAGUCGCGACAUACAAUACAUUCAAUAAAAUCUAGUGGUAAGCCAUACAUUGACUCAGUCAGAAGAAGUGUGAUGAGUUAUCAGACUAAACGCAGCACCUCACGCGGCAUGCAGCAAUUAAAGAGAGCCCAGAUUCACACUGGACCAAUGCAUGAUAUUGUGAUGUUCAGCAAAAUGAUGGAUAAUUACCGCAAGGGCCUCAUGGGGGAGGAGGAGGAGAUGGAUCUGCGGAACUAUGCCAACUGGGACGGAUACCUCAAUGAACAACUACGGUUUGUUUCUCAUCUCUAUGGUGAUGAAAGCAAGUCACCCAGAGAAGUUAAAGAAGCAGCUAAGGAGCAGCACACAAUCCUGGAAAUGGAGGCAAAAACCCUCAAGCAGGAGACGGUCAAACACUGUGAAGAUAUGGAACAACAGGAGGAGUUCCAAAGGAAGCGGAACCAGGAUAUUGACAAGGAGAUAGACAACCUGGCCGCACGCACUGCGGAAAUGUUUGAUGGUGUCUCACAUGUGGCUAAGAACAGCGUACAGAGUGCCAAGUUCCGUAACACCAAGCUGAGGGAUGAUAUGGUGAAGUCUCGCGAGGAACGCUUGGUGCAAACCACAGACCCACAGGAGCGGGAUCUACUGGAACGACAUCAGUUGGAGGAACAGCUAAUUGAGGAGCAGGCCGAGUUGGAUGCUGAGAGGAAGGAGCGCCUGAAGAACUGGCACCGACGUAAAGACGAGGAUAUGAGACGUCGCCUCUUGCAAGCUUACAAGCCGUACUUUCCCAACGAUGUGUUUAGCAAGAAGUCAGUGUGCGUAUCAGGAGGUAGAAUAAAGUCAGCAGGUAGAUUGCGUGUUGACCCCACACCCUCACCCCGCCCUAGACGUGGAAAAACUACCACACCGCGCCCCGCUUCACACGCCAGCAAGUCAGACCACAACAGCAACUACUCUGUGGCCCAAUACAGAGUGAAAGAUGAAAAACGCCAGGUGCAGAUGACUCCGUAUGGACUGCGGAGAGUUCGAAAUAAUGACAGACCUACAUAUGAUGAAGUAGAAUGUGAAUUAGCAGAUGCAAUUUUCUUUAACGCUGACCGAUGCACACGGUCAGCUGAUCUGUCAGCGAAUUGGAGUCGAAAGUACGACGGCAGCAUACGACCAAGGACAGGGCUCGUAUUUGUAGAGCCACACGUGUAUGAUGAUCUAGUUAAGGAAGAGAAGGAGGCUAAACAACAGAUAUCGAGCGAGGUACGACAACAUCUAGCAUCCGGUACCUCCGGGAGUGUGCCGAAUGGUCAUGGAACGGCUGCCGACUCUUACCUCUCCUGAUCUUUUAUGUGAAUAUUGAUUUAGAUUUGAACAACUUUUAUUUCAUGCAUAAUGUGGGAAAAAGUGAAUACCUUUGUAUAGACUGGAUGAUAUUUGAAUUUUGCAUCAUUUUUACAGCAAAAAUCAAUGCUCGGAAAACAUUAGAAUGUGCAUUUUUUAUUGCUUUAAGUAUUUUGUGUAUUAUUGUGUUGCUGCCUUUCAUGUUUAAUAUUUCAUCUUGUUUUGGUUUUUGCCAUUAUCAGAAAGCUUGUUCAAUGCAUGAUUAUAUUUUUUACGGUAAAUAAGUGCUUCAAUCAACUUGUAUAUACGGUGAUGAUAAUAUAUAGGACGGUAUUUGUUUUCGUCUUCUGGACAAUCCCUUUCAGUCAUUGUUUAGAAAUAGACAUUUGUCUUCAGUUACAUUGAAUACAAAUGUUAAAAUUAUUAUGAAGAUUAACACUUAUCUUGAGUUACAUUGAAUACAGAUUUUAAAAUUGUUAUGUUGAUUUUUUAUGUUAGAGGUAAUUAAACGAUGAAUAAAACAUUUUGAAUUGAAAUUUUAAAAUUGUGUGGAUAAUUUUUAGCGUCAAAGUUUAAAAACUUGACUAUUUGAGCACCAACUUAAUCAGUUGUAUUGUUUUGGAUGACAAUGUGUUUUUUAUAUGUCAUAGAUGUGAACUUGGCUAGAAAAGUAUUUUUGUUGAGAGAUAAAAGAGGCUUAGUUUAGCUAUUGUAAGCAAGCUGGUUUAAGAAAUAUACUGAUAUUACUUUAAAUUUUUUUUUUAGAUAUAUAAAAAAAUAAAUGUUAAUGGUUAUUUUUUUUUCUUAAAAAUUCAAAAGACCUGAUUUUAUGCAAUUUUAAAAGUAAAUUAUUACCAACAAGAAUUUGUUCAUCAUCCAGCUAAUCUAAUUUUGAAAGCAAGGUUGUUAAGAGUUUAUUAUAUUAAUUGUAUAUGUUGAAAUAUUUUUUUUUUCAGAUAAAUUAUUUUAACAAGUGAACUGAGGUGUGCACAAAAUGUAGAAUUUUAAGAUUAUUUAUAGUAAAUUGUUCAAUAUUGAGAUUUCAUUUUAGCAUAUUUGUUGACAUUACAUUUUUUGUGAACAUGUAUUCUUUGCUUUCAUAUUUAAUGGAAUUUAUGAGUGCUCAUAUCCUGAUGACACAUAAUUGUUAUUUAUGUGAUAACUUCAUAAGACUGUGAUACUUACGCGAAUGUAUAUGUACAUCUAGCUAACAUUUUCAUUACAAUUUAUGCAUUAUUGUGAUAUUUGUGCGCAGAAUUCAUUUAGAUGUAAUUUAUAAUUAAAUGUUAAU